AUGCAUGACCACUGUACCAACACACCAGCACGCUUUGGUGGCAUUGAAAAAGUGUUCGGGAGUGACUGGAACAGUACUGGCGUUAAACUGUAUCUCAAAGUUCCGGAAAUAAGCCGCGUAUCUGAACUCGAAACAGAGAUAUGCCGAGCUGUAGUCUGGCCACGGCCUGCGACGUACGGCGAUGUGUGUGCGUUGUAUGGGGACCACAUUCUAAAACGCUAUGGCAGUGGUGCGACUGUUGUAUUCGACGGGUACAAGCAUAGUGAACUCACUCCAAAGGGCGAAGAGCAGCGACGAAGGUCGUCAGGGAAAACUUCGCCUACACUUGUGAAUCUGCAGCUGGACCAGCUGACGUGCACAGCACAGACGAAUUUUCUUGGGAACGGAGAAAACAAGGAAAUCCUUCUUGCAAUGUUGAGGCCAGUGUUGGAGGGUGCUGGACUGACGGUGCUGCAAGCCAGUGGAGACGCAGACCAGCUGAUUGUAGCAACUGCACUUCAGUUGUCAGUCACACAAAAAUCAGUUGUCGUGACUGCAACAGACACCGAUAUCUUCGCCAUGCUCAUCCAGAGAUAUUCUUCAGAAUACGAUGUCUAUAUGCUGAUGCCUGGAGUAAGUGGCAGGUCUGAUAAAGUCCAUAACAUUCGUUCAGUGCAAUCGAGUCUCGGUGCAGUCAAGAACGUACUUCUAUUUGCACAUGCAAUGACCGGAUCUGAUACCACAUCUGCGUUAUUCGGCAAAGGCAAAACAGCAUUACUUAACCUUCUGAUGAAAAAUGAAGAGCUGAUGUCAGAAGUGCAGCUGUUUAACUCACAGGGAGCGGAGAUUGAAGCACUUGUGUCGCUAGGAGAGCGAACUAUCUGCGCUCUGUACGGUGUGCUCGAAAGCCAGACGCUCCUAGGCGUGCGCCACAGCAUCUUCACUAGGCCAACGGCCAGGAAAGAUCUCACCCCGGAGUUGAAGUUAAAACUCAUGCUACCCACGAGUGGGGCUGCACGCUACCAUACACUUCGCGUGUAUCUUCAGGUGCAGAAUUGGCUCGGGCACAAACUGGAUGCCAUACAGUUUGGCUGGCGAGAAGGUUUUGGUCGAUUGCUGCCAGUUAUUUCGGACGACCCUCCUGCUCCGGACAGCCUACUGAAACUUGUCAGAUGUGGCUGCACUACAGGCUGCAAUCAGAACUGUGGGUGCCGCCGGGCAGGUAUGCCCUGCAAGUCCUAUUGCGCAAGAUGUGAAGGCAACUGCACCAAUAACGAGCCUGUAGUUCUCGAUGACGCAGAAACAGACGCUGUGUGCUUAGUGUAA